AUGAAUCAAGUUAAGCUGAGCGGCUCCCCGGUGCCCGACCGAAGUGGCGGGGACCGUGAUUCUGCCGACAUCACCGAACACUCUGAGGCCAUGGACUCUGGCAAAGACCAGCCGAAUGGUGGCAAGGCUGAGAAUGGCCGUAAAGCUGCCAACGCCAAGGAUCCGUCGCGACCGCGGCGUAAGAAGGCUCGACGAGCAUGCUUUGCCUGUCAGCGAGCUCAUUUGACUUGCGGUGACGAGCGUCCGUGUCAGCGCUGUAUCAAGCGUGGUUUGCAGGACGCAUGCCAUGAUGGUGUUCGCAAGAAGGCCAAGUAUCUCCACGAUGCCCCGGACGGCGCACUGAUGCCCGAUGUGAGCAGCAACAAUAACAGCAAAACCAGCGGCAAUAGCAACAGCAACACCUUCUACAGCAAUACCCUUCGCAAUAACCUGCCUGGAUCUCGAAAUGGUAGUGCGAGCACUCCGCAGCAGCAAGCACCCAACACGAACAAUUUCUACCCCACGCCCCAGCCACAACCUCAGCCGCAGCCAGGAUCCUACAACAUGUAUCAGGAAUCGCCAAUGGGCCAGAGCCCUUUCACCACCCAGUCUCCCGUUUCACCUACAUUUAAUCUGAAGAAUACCACCAAUGGUCGCAAUCCCAGCUUAUCGUCUACCGUGAACCAGCAGCCCACGCCGAGCACCGCUCUUUCCGGGGAUACCAGCCAGCCGCAAAAUCCAUUCGCCGGACCCUUCUUCGAUCCCAGCGACCCCGCCCUCUUCAACUUCGAUCUAUCAAGCAUGAACUUUGAGAACCGCUAUGGUGCUCUCGAGUUUGGCAUGCUCGGUCACAUGGCUACGGGAGCCGGCGAUUCUCCCGACUCGGCAACGCAGCGAGGGUCGAUCGGCCGCAGUGGGUCUGCGCAGUUCUCCACGCCAGCUCCCGGUUUUGGCGAAAGUCCGGGGAACCAGCCCUUCAUGUUUGGCGAUCCCUUACUCAAUGAGUGGCCAACCGGCCAGACCUCGGGCCCGCACGUGAACGUCGGAGGCGUAUAUGGACAGAAUGGCAUGCUGCCGGGACACAUGAAAGCAGAUGCCCCCCAUGCAUUUGCAAUCGAGAGCGGUCCUGUAAACUUCACCAGCCCCGGCUCAGCGGCCAGUCCGCAUGUGACGAAUGCAGGCUUCGACGAAGCAGGGUUCAAUGCAGCUGCAGCCAAGGCAAACACCCUCGCCCCUAAUGGUACGCGACCGGUGAUCACCACGCCAAGCUUGAAGCAGCAGACCCUACAGGUCGCUCCAAAACGACGUCAUCGCGACCCAUCCACCAUCUACGAGAGUGUAAAGGAGCCGUAUGCUUACACAAGUCGCUUCCACAAUCUCACCGCUUUCAUCCAGCGCCGUUUUACGCCGCAGAAGACCGUUCGCAUUGCUAAGGCGCUGGCGUCUAUUCGGCCGUCGUUUAUCGCAACAACCAAGACCUUGAAUCGAGAUGAUCUGAUCUUUAUGGAGAAAUGUUUCCAACGGACACUAUUCGAAUAUGAAGACUUCAUCAAUGCCUGCGGUACACCGACGAUCGUAUGCCGACGCACCGGAGAAAUUGCCGCGGUUGGCAAAGAGUUCAGCAUUCUCACCGGAUGGAAGAAGGACGUGCUGUUGGGCAAAGAGCCGAACAUGAACGUCAACACAGGCGCAUCAGCAACGUCGGGCACGACGUCAAGAGGCAGCUUCACCCCGCGCAGCUCAACGUUAGAAAACUCCGGUGGGCGCCCACAGCCCGUGUUCUUGGCCGAGCUUCUAGACGAUGACAGCGUUGUAGAGUUCUACGAGGACUUUGCACGGCUAGCGUUUGGUGACUCACGCGGCAGUGUCAUGACACGAUGCAAGCUGUUAAAAUACAAAACCAAGGAGGACAUGGAGGUUGCACAGUCCGACGAGGGCAAGUGGAACAAUCACAUCCGCAAGGGUGGAAUUGCCGGCGAAGCUGGCAUGAACCAGCUGGGGUUCAAGGACGGCAAGGUCGAAUGCGCGUACUGCUGGACAGUCAAGCGCGAUGUAUUCGAUAUUCCGAUGCUUCUCGUGAUGAAUUUCCUCCCGUGCAUUUGA